AACUGAAGGGUUGUACCAUUCUCCAACCACAGGGCAACACAUGGAGCUCAGUAAAGAACACCUACGUGGACUUGUGCACUGAAAGCUUGCUGCCUCCCCCGCCCGGGUUUAGAUUCAAUGGAGCAGCCUGCUGUGCAAGCUUGGAGGGGGUUAGCAGGAGUGAGCAGUUAGAGAACCAGCUGAUCAGAGAAGCACAGGCACAUUCAGGGAGUGGAGGUGAAACGCUUUAGUAGAAAUGGUUCCUUCCACCAGUGGGGACCAUGCUGAGGAAACAGUCUUUCUAGGGCGAUGAGAAGGCAGAUGGAAAUUUAAAAAGCAAAAGGGAUUAGUGCCAAGUGAGCGAAUCGCCACCCAGCAUUAGGUCGAGAGUGCCACAGGGGAAAGGAGAUGUCGUCUUGGUUGUCACCCGUGUCAUGGGCCAAGUGGACGUGGACGGCGGUGCGAGGAGCAGAGGAGGGGAGCGAGGAGAAGGAGGAGGAGGAUGAUGAAGAGAGAUCUCAAGGCUGCAGUUCUGACUCAGACGGUCAUUUCGACACACCCGAGGCGGCGACUCCUGUCCGCGGCCCACCGGUCAUCCCAGGAGAGCUGGAAAGUGGCAAUGCUGACAACAAAACAGAUGCAGAUCAGGAGGAGCAUCUGAUGGUUACAGCUCCAAUCGGGUACCACAAUAAUUUACUCUUGGACAUGGGUCAGGAUGAACCAGCCGUACCCAUGCAAGACCCCCUGGGAAUGAGCAGCAAGCAUCUCGAAGCACAACAAGACCGAUCAAAACCGCUCGACUAUGAACCUGCUCCUGAUUCAUUCCCAGUCACAUCAAUUCCAGAAACGGGCACAGCACCACCACCAGAACCCCCACGGGAAGAGACAUUGAUUCCUGAAGUGUACCAAUUUCCAACACCAGAACCCCCCCGAGAAGAGACAUUGGUUCCUGAAGUGGUGAGCUGCACAGUUCCAUCACCAGAACCACCCCGAGACACAACUCCCACCUUGGUUGAUGAACCAUAUCUGGAUCUUGCUCCAGCUUCAUCUCCUACUCCCGUGGCAAACCCAAUCCAAAGCAUUGAAGCUGUUCCAAGCCCUGUUCUGGAGCACUCAAAGGAGAAGCCUCUUGUUGAGUCAGAACCACAGCACAGCGAUGUCACGAAAAAAUCCGAAUCCAGCUCAAAAACUAAACCACGCAAAUCGACACCUCCAUCCCUGUCAAUAAAGCAGACACAGAAGGAGGAUGCACAAACCAACGAGGAAGAGGAAAUCCCUGUUCCCAAAGCCUCCUACAAAUUUGACCCUGACCAGAUAGAUGACAGUUUCAAUCCUUUCACUAGCGGCGGAUCCAAAAUCCAGAACUCUCCACCACCAUGCAGUUCAAUAACUUUCCCCAGACCUGAGCCGCUCGGCAGCUCUUUAAUUGAAGACAACAGUGCUGCAGCACCGACAGAAGAAUCUACAUCAGAGGCAAAACCUGUGAGGCUGGAGUUUGGGCCGGACGAGGGGGCGGUUAGCAAACCACCUCCCAAGAAAUCGGGAUCUAGAAAAACAACCAGCAAACCCAGGAAGCAAGUGAGGCCCAAAGUGGCAGAGAUUCCUUCCGAACCGGCACCGGAACCUGCAGUGUCAGAAUCGGCUUCUGAGAACGCACCAGAGACGAAUGUCCAAAUUUCAGACACCACUGUGCCUGUCAACCUGGACGACGUUCCCAUUCCAAGUAAAGGAUCGUAUAACUUUGACCCCAGUCAGUGGGACGACCCCAACUUCAAUCCAUUCGGGACCAGCAACACUUUGAGCGGUUCUCCCGUCCUCCCCAAAGGCUCUUUCACUUUCGACCCGAACAAUUUUGACGAUUCCGUGGAGCCUUUCAAGCCCUCCAACACCUUGAGCAACGAGGAUUCGUCCAGUUGUUCCAAUCAGUCUGAGAAGAAAACCAAGGACCAAAGCAAACAGAAAACAGAGCAACCGGUGGGAAAGAAGAGCAUUCGUCAAGUUCCCAAGAAAAGCAAAGAGAGGAGAGCCGAGACAUCUGAACAAGCCAGGUUUCUCUGUUUUCUGUUGAAUCCCUGUAAAGUUGAGAAACAUGACGAGAGCCAAUCGCAAACACAGGACUUGUGCAAGCAGGAGGAGAACGAGGUGGUCGUUUGCUCACCAGAGAUUUCACAACCAGUUCACUACGCCACUGAUGAGGAGAAGCUGGCAUCCACCGGCAUGAUGGGACAAACAAUGCAAGACGAGCACCAGCGGAAAGAAGAGUCUGAAUGUAUCGAUACAUUUGUCAAAAAACAGACAAUUGAGGAAACACCUGUAUCAGAUGCUCAGGAGACAGUGGAUCAUGAAGAUGAGAAGGACACAUGUAUUAUGAAGGAUGACAAAUGUGAGACUCUAACAACAUGCAGCAGUGACGCAGCGGCCCCGUCCCGAGACAAAAUUUCCCUGACUGAGAUUGACAAGGCUGCAGUGCUGACCCUCAUUAGAGAGGAGAUAAUCACAAAAGAGAUUGAGGCCGGUGAGUGGAAGACAAAGUACGAGGACAGCAGAGCUGAGGUUUUAGAGAUGAGGAAAAUUGUUGCAGAGUAUGAGAAGACAGUUGCCCAGAUGAUUGAGGAUGAGCGGGAGCAGAAGACGCUGUCCAGCAGUAAGUCGGUCCAACAGCUGACUAUGGAGAGGGACCAGGCCCUGGCCGACCUCAGUUCUGUAGAGCGCUCCUUCGCAGACCUCUUCAGGCGCUAUGAAAACAUGAAGGGGGUCUUGGAGGGCUUCAAGAAGAAUGAGGAGGUCCUGAAGAAAUGUGCACAGGACUACCUGACACGCAUCAAGCAGGAGGAGCAGCGUUACCAAACCCUCAAAGUGCACGCAGAAGAGAAACUGGAUCGGGCCAAUGAGGAGAUAGCGCAGGUGCGUUCCAAGGCCAGCGCGGAGGGGGUGGCACUAAACGCCAGCCUGAGGAAGGAACAAAUGAAGGUGGACUCGCUUGAGAGAGCUGUCCUUCAGAAGAAUCAGGAGAUUGAGGAGCUCACAAAGAUCUGUGAUGAACUGAUUGCCAAAAUGGGAACGGAAUAAGAGGUCAUGUUCGCUUCUAAGAGAGCACACAAAGCAUUGUCGUGCAUAUCAAUAUACUUCAAGUAUCUGGAGUAAAUAUUGUACAUGGUUGCAUACCUCAUACUAAAAUAUUGAACUCAAGCAGUGCUCAAGCACAAAAUUGUGUAUAAUUUGAAAAUAUGGAUGCUUAUGGAUGUUUUACUUCCAGGUUAUAGACUAUUGUGGGAAAAAAAUGUUUUAUCACCAUGAUGUCAUCCAAAUAUGUAAUGAAAGAUGUCACGACCUUUCAUUGCCUGAUUGUAAAUACAGUCAUGUCAGUCAGUCAGUCAGUGCCUGAGCUGAAGUGGGCUUGUAGAGACUUCAUAUAUAAGGUAGUGACUAUUUUUAUAUGUUGUCUGUUUUAUUGACUCAGAGUGUACAGCUUUGCAAAGUAAUGACAUCAUGAGUUUUAUUCCACCGACAUUUGUGGGAUCAUUUAGAAGAAGAGCACAUGGAAAAAAUGAAUCAUGCAACCUCUUGCUCACAAGUUUGCAAGCAUGACCAUCAUUUUUUGUCACUAUCAUGUUUUCCAAAUACGGUGUGCCUUUAUUGUGUCUAUUUUGUAAAAAGAGAAAAACACGUGUUACCGUAAGCUCCUCAUGCAGUCAUUCGUCUCUUGUGGCCAAAGUGCACGUCUCGCACGUCCAUCCACUUCCACGUGAUUGCACGCAAUGUGAAUUUGCUGUUCAAACACGUUCCAGCAUUGACGGCAUUCUCAGGUCUGAUUGAACCCGAGGGAAGAUGAAGAAGAAGUGAUGUGAUGGAUGGAAGGAUGGAUGGAUGGUCUGCUCCUCCAUGGAAGAGUCCUUUCAGCACAAUCUAUUGCCAAAAAUAAUGACAAAUGACAUUCUGUUGCAGUGGAUUUUUGAACAUAAAAAUAUUGUACAUUUUAUACUUGAUGAAAAGCCUUGUUAUUUGUAUAUGGAAUUAGUACUCCUGUAUACUCAAAGGUAUAUUUUGUGCAUUCCUAAAUAAAAAGUGUUUGCUGUUUUACUCCACAA